AUGGGUUCUGAAGGUGAUGACAGCGGGAAAGACCGCAUAGCCUCGUUCAAGGAGGGCGCAGCUGUGCGUGUGCGCGAUGAGGAUGGAGAAGUUCAAGACGCGACUAUCGUCCGCCAGCACCGCAAUGGUGACUACACCGUCAAGUACGAGGACACAGGCAAAGUGGAGAAGAAUGUGCCAAAAGCUCGAGUCCAGAGUGCUGAAAAGGGCGAAGGGAAAGGCAGAGCAAGGAAACGACAAGAAGAAGAAGAAGAUGGCGAAGACAAGAAAGGAGAGGACAGUACUGAGCUGGAAGUUGACGAGACUGUGCAGUUCAAGAACGACAAAGGCGAAUGGUGCGACGGUCAGAUCCUUAAAGUUCGCAGCAACGGCCGCUAUGACAUCGCAGUAGACGGAGACGAAGACGAAGUGGCGAAGAAUGUCGAGCGACGAGAUAUUCGCGAGCGUAAAGCCUCAAGUAAGAAGAAGAAAAAGAAGAAAAAGAAGGAGAACACGGAGGCGGAUAACGAGAGCGACGAGGAGAGCGACAGCGAGAACGAGAAGCGCGCAAUGCGGAAACGAAGAGCUCUUAGAGGCGGCAAGGGCAAGCGCGAGCUGGUGACCAGCGAGGACGACAGCGACGACAGCGUGGGGCGAAGAAGACAGGGCCGCUUCCAAGCUCGGAAUGGAGCGGCAGGCUUCGCUCAGCUUCGCGUGAAUCAACUGGUCGAGUUUGAAGACAAAAGCGGGCGGAUCCGUCGUGGGCGGAUCAAAAUGCUCAACCGGGAGCAGCGCAGUUGCGACAUUGAGCAUGAAAGCGACACGGAAAAGGUCUCGAAGCGGAUCGCGCUGGACGUCGUUCGGCCCACAACCGCCUUCGGGCGAUUCUUUGGCGGAACCAACCGCAACUUUGUCCCCUUUCAGCUGAAUACACACGUCUACUACCGCACCAAGGACGGCACAGAGCGUAAGGGAAUCGUCCUAAAGGUCUCGAAGAGUACCGGUAAGACCCUAUACGACGUCGAAGAUCUGCUGGACGGAACGAUGUUGAAGCAACUCUCAGUGGGGAAGUUGCGGGCGGUGCCGUGGCUCGACUACACGCUCCCCAGUUGGAAUGGCUUACCGGGGUUACCGAGUUUCUCGCUGUUCUCCGCCCCCAUUCUUCGCAGAGGCAUGAACGUGCGCUUCCGUCGCACCGACAAGGAAACUGGGCGCGUUGUAUGGAAAGACGGCGUCAUUAUGAAGGCAAAGUCGAACGCGUGCUGUAUCGUCGAGUACUUUGGUCCCAAUGGUGACAGUAAACGCGAGGAAGUGAAGAACUCCGACAUCCAAGCUCGGUUCUUCCGGAUGCCGUUUAGCGGGAUGCUUGACGGCGUCAUGGACGGUCUUUCACUGCCUUCUAUCCAGCUGCCUGCGGGUAUGUUCAAGGUUGGGAGUGCUGUGGAGGUGUCGAAUGGAGCGAAGGUUUUCCUCGGGACGAUCGUGAGCUCUAACGACAUUGACAAGACGUACACAAUCCGAUAUGAAGAUGGUCGUAAGGAGAAGAACGUGCCUAGUGAUCGAGUUCGACUGUCGCUGCGUCGCUUACGGGUCGGAACCGAAGUCGAGAUGAUCGUCGAGGGUCCAUGCAAGGAAGUGUCCAAGUUGGACGGAGAAGUGGCGUGGAUCCAUCGAGACGAGAAGGUGGCGGUGCGGAUCAACGGCGGCAACAACGACGUCUUCGCUGAAGUGUGUACGCAUGCGCUGAUGGUGGAUGGGAAGCCGGCAUUCACUGCGCCUCUGAGCAGCACGUGGCUGGAGCUGAUGGGCUACUACUGCAACCUAGUGGCGGAGCUGCUGAUCUACGCGUGGUUCUUCUUCGGCUUGAUGGUGGAAAUGGACGAGAUGCUGACGUUGCAUGGAGACACGGCGCCCGACUUGCUCCAGGAUCAAGAGAACAUGGCUGCGAUGUAUGACAGUCAGCAGAUCGACUGGGGGCUCUGUCGUCACUCUGCGCUGCAUAAUGAGACCUCUUCAGGCUCGUCCUCCGCGUCGAAUUCCUCGUCCUACCUGCUGAUCCCCUCGAAUGCAAUAGCAACCGACCGCGCGUGGCUCAUGGCGUUGUUGGUGUCCAAGGCGAUUCUAACGGCAUGUAGUGCCGUCCUGGUGCUUCGAUGCCUACGCUCCAAGCUGUCCGCCCUGCAAGAUGACUUCAUUGACCUGAAGGAGUAUCAGCAGGAGCGCGUGAUGCGGCGUCACUUGGCCGUGACCAUGGGCUGGACGCUCAUCGUGACGUUCCUGACGCUGGUGAACUACGCGUCGCUGCUGAAUCGGUUCGACUUCUUCUGUCUACUCAAUGGCAACACCAACUCACUGAGCUUCGACGAGCUGGCGCUGAGCAUCGACCCGUUCGCCAUCCACACGAGCUACGCCAACCCCGUGCAGCUCCUCGUCUCUUUAUCCGCCAAGACGACGUUCAACCUGUUCCGGGGCGUGACAUUCCAGCUGCUGCUCUACGCCUUUCCGACUAGCGGCACCAACUUCAUCCGCCGCGUGGCGUUCGCCGUGCCCUCCAUCGCCGUCACCGCGUUGCUCUGUGCCAUUGGAGGCGCCGCGCUGCACACGUUCUACUACGUGCAGAAGACGGAGAUGCUGGGCAACCAAGAGCUCGUCGUGUCGACGCACAUAGAUCUGUCGGUGCUGCUGCUGGCGUUGUCGCUGUGGUUCAUCCACUGCCUCUACAACAUUGGAGCUGCAGCCGGACGGUUCUCCGAGACGAGACUCGAGCGACAACGCACGUCUCGCGGCGAAGUGUCGGAGGACGUCCUCGAUCUGGCAGAGCGUGGAGAGUUCGGCCUUCAAGCUCAGCGCGAGGCUCUCGUGACGAAGGUGGAGCAGCGCCAAGACCAACUCGGAAUCUGUAAGCUCAGCAUCCUGCGCAUCUAUCGCCACAUUGUCGUGCACUUUGUGGCGGCAGCGGUGGCCAUUUACAUCGACGUGACACUGCGCAAAGUGGUGAAGGAGUUGGAUGGGGGUUCUGGCGUGGCGUUGAAUGCGUUGGCCUUCCACCUCGGAGUCUCCAUCACGUGGCUCGUCGGAUCAGUGAUGGCAGCAAUGUUUGCGAUCUCACUACGACAACAGUCCCCAGAGCUGCUAGCCUACAUAUUAUACGUGUAG